AUGGCUGUCCGCGCGCAGUUCGAGAACUCCAACGAAGUGGGUGUCUUCUCUCGCCUAACCAACUCAUACGCCAUCGUCGCUGUCGGAGCCUCCGAGAACUUCUACAGUGUUUUCGAGUCGGAGUUGCAGGAUGUCAUUCCUAUCUGUCACGCUACUAUUGCCGGUACCCGAAUUGUUGGUCGGUUAACUGUUGGGUAUGUCCUCUCUUGGAUCUUCUCAUUCCUUCCGUCCUCUUAUCAUCCCGGUCGAGCCCCGCGGUACAUGGCCGGCUAUCCAAAAGAAAAAAGAACAUUCCGCACGCGGACAGGGGCAGAGGAGUUCCAGAUCAUUUGA